UAAGAAGAAGAAGAAGAAGAAGAAGAGGCAGAAGAAGUGGGAGGCUUGUCCCUGAAAGAGCUCAUUGUGGGGCGGGAUGUGUGUGUGUGGUGUCAGAUGAGAGGACCCCCUCCUCCUUAACUAGCUGGUCAGCGGUGGAGGGAUAACGAACGCCACCUCCGCUCAACUCUCCAGUUGGAGAUUGCGUUAAGCGUGAAUCAUGUCCGUCGUCAUUAGUACACACUGGGAGUGGAGACGAAAUUGUGCAAGAUACGGAUAACAGCGUCAAACAAGCCCCGUGUGGACUCAGACAAGUUUCCAGCUCGUCCCGAGAGUGUUUGUGCCGUGAUAAUGCCUCAGCGGAGGCUCUGCUGCUCCUGCUGCUGCUCCUCACACCCGUCGCAUUAUUAUGCUGCUGCUGCCUCCCUCACAUGUGCUUCACGUUGAAGAAGUGACCAGGAGAACGCCUGCAACAAGGAGGGCGACUCAGCCCGAAUCUAAAACCUGAGCGGAUACUUUCAUUUUUCUUUCGCCGUGCCGGGAAUCUUCCUUAAGUGGACGCGGUGGUGGAGGAGGAGGAGGAGGCGAGGAGGAGAAGAAGGAGAAGAAGAAGAAGAAGAAGAAGAAGUAAAAAGUUCUUGUACUUGUUGGACGAACAGGAAACAUGGGGAACGCAGGGAGCAUGGAGCAGCACACUGAUUUCAGAGGACACAACAUGCCUCUGAAACUGCCCAUGCCAGAGCCAGGGGAGCUGGAGGAGAGAUUUGCCAUCGUUUUGAAUUCGAUGAAUCUUCCUCCAGACAAAGCCCGACUUUUGCGGCAGUACGACAACGAGAAGAAGUGGGAACUCAUUUGUGAUCAGGAGCGAUUUCAAGUGAAAAACCCACCGCACACGUACCUCCAAAAGUUGAGGAGUUAUCUCGAUCCAGCGGUCACAAGAAAGAAAUUCAGACGGAGGGUUCAGGAGUCCACCCAAGUCCUGAGAGAACUGGAAAUUUCAUUACGGACCAAUCAUAUAGGGUGGGUGCGAGAAUUCCUAAAUGAAGAGAAUAAGGGCCUGGACGUCCUGGUGGAGUAUCUCUCUUUUGCACAGUAUGCAGUCACGUUUGAUGGCGACUGUUUGGAGAACAACCCGGACGCUGCCAUAGAUAAGUCCAAGUCCUGGAGCCGCUCUAUAGAAGACCUGCACAGAGGAGGCACCCUGCCAUCUCACAUCACUGGGAACGGCAUCACACGCGCUGGGCGACAUUCCACGUUACGCCAUCUAUUCAUCCGUCUGCCAGUCUUCGACAGCAGGUCACCUAACACGGCGAGCUGUCCAAAGUGCGCUCAAACAAAAUGCUGUAACACCCUGCCCAGCCGACGAACUCUGAAAAACUCCAGACUGGUGUGUAAAAAAGAUGACGUCCAUGUCUGUAUCAUGUGCCUACGUGCUAUCAUGAACUACCAGUAUGGAUUCAACAUGGUUAUGUCCCACCCACAUGCUGUGAAUGAAAUUGCACUAAGUCUCAACAAUAAAAAUCCGAGGACUAAAGCUUUGGUCUUGGAGCUCCUGGCGGCAGUUUGUCUCGUGAGAGGAGGACAUGAAAUUAUUCUCUCGGCGUUCGACAACUUUAAAGAGGUAUGUCAGGAGACGCAGCGGUUUGAGAAGCUCAUGGAGUAUUUCAAGAAUGAGGACAACAACGUCGACUUCAUGGUGGCCUGUAUGCAGUUCAUCAACAUCGCUGUGCACUCGGUGGAGGACAUGAACUUCAGGGUUCAUCUACAGUACGACUUCACCAAGCUGAGUCUGGACGACUACUUAGACAAACUAAAACACACAGAGAGCGAUAAGCUGCAGGUCCAGAUCCAGGCGUACUUGGAUAACGUCUUUGAUGUCGGAGCGCUCCUCGAGGACGCGGAGACUAAAAACGCUGCUCUGGAGCGAGUGGAAGAGCUGGAGGAGAACAUGUCCCAUUUGACGGAGAAGCUGCAGGACACAGAGAAUGAGGCCAUGUCCAAGAUCGUGGAGCUGGAGAAGCAGCUGAUGCAAAGAAACAAGGACCUUGAAUCCCUCAUGUCCGUCUACAAAGAGACCAGCUCGCAGGUGCACACGCUGCGGCUUACACUGAAGGAGAAAGAUGAGGCCAUCCAGCGACAGAGUAACCUGGAGAAGAAGAUCCAUGAGCUGGAGAAGCAGGGCACCAUCAAAAUCCACAAGAAAGGAGAUGGCGACAUCUCCAUUCUGCCCUCACCGCCUCCUGGCGUGGAGGGUGUGCCGGGUGCCGUGAUUGGUGGAGGAUUGAGUGGAGCUGUCAGUCCAAACCAUGUCGGAGGUGUUGCAGUGUCAAACGGACCAUCAUCAGCCAUUCCAACAGCAGUAGCACCCCCGGCUCCCCCACCGCCUCCUCCACCUCCACCUCCUCCCCCUCCACCACCUCCUCCUCUUCCCCCACCUGGGAUCUCAGCUCCUCCGCCUCCUCCACCUCCUCCGAUGGCGCCCCCACUGCCUGGCUGUGGGACACCCACUGUCAUCAUGAACUCGGGGUUAGCUGAGGGACCCAUCAAACUUUUCUCUGUGAAGAUCAAGAAACCCAUCAAGACAAAGUUCCGCAUGCCUGUCUUCAACUGGGUAGCGCUCAAACCAAACCAGAUCAACGGGACAGUUUUCAAUGAGAUCGACGACGAGAGGAUACUAGAGGAGCUGAACGUGGACGAGUUUGAGGAGAUAUUUAAGACGAAAGCCCAGGGGGCACCGAUUGAACUCAACAUGAGCAAGCAGAAGGUCAUGCAGAAGGGACCCAGUAAGGUUUCUCUGCUGGAGUCCAACAGAGCAAAGAACCUGGCCAUCACGCUGAGGAAAGCAGGCAAGACCCCUGAGGAGAUCUGCAAGGGCAUCCAGCUGUUCGACCUUCGGACUCUGCCGGUGGACUUUGUGGAGUGUCUGAUGCGCUUCCAGCCCACAGAGAACGAGAUCAAAAUCCUGCGACAGUUUGAGAAGGAGCGCAAGCCCCUGGAGAGCCUGACGGACGAGGACCGCUUCAUGAUGCAGUUCAGCAAGAUCGAGCGGCUCAUGCAGAAGAUGACCAUCAUGGCCUUCAUCGGCAACUUCUCUGAGAGCAUCCAGAUGCUCACACCGCAACUUCAUGCCGUCAUUGCUGCAUCAGUGUCCAUCAAGUCAUCACAGAAGCUAAAGAAGAUUCUGGAGAUUGUCUUGGCACUUGGAAACUACAUGAACAGCAGCAAAAGAGGAGCGGUGUACGGAUUCAAGUUGCAAAGUCUAGACUUGCUCCUUGAUACCAAGUCCACGGACCGUAAGCUAACACUGUUGCACUACAUAGCCAAUGUGGUGAGGGAGAAAUAUACGCAGGUUUCUCUCUUCUACAAUGAGCUGAACUAUGUGGAGAAAGCUGCCGUCGUCUCGCUGGAUAACGUUUUGCUGGACGUGAAGGAGCUGCAGAGGGGGAUGGAGCUGACCAAACGAGAGUACAGCAUGCACGGCCACAACACCAUGCUCAAAGACUUCAUCACGCACAACGAGAGCAAGCUGAAGAAGCUGCAGGAGGACGCCAAAAUUGCACAGGACGCCUUCGACGAGGCGGUGAAAUUCUUCGGGGAGAACACCAAAACCACGCCGCCGUCCGUCUUCUUCCCCGUGUUUGUGCGAUUUGUUAGGGCGUACAAGCAAGCAGAAGAGGACAAUGAGCAAAGAAAGAGACAGGAGCAGAUUUUGAGGGAGAAACUUCUGGAGCAAGAAGCCAUGAUGGAGGAAGACCAGAAGUCUCCAUCCCAUAAGAACAAGCGGCAGCAACAAGAGCUGAUCCAGGAGCUGAGGAAGAAACAGGUGAAAGACAGUCGGCAUGUUUAUGAGGGCAAAGACGGAGCGAUUGAGGACAUCAUCACAGAUUUGAGGAAUCAGCCUUACAGGCGAGCGGACGCUGUGCGGAGGAGCGUCAGGAGACGCUUUGAUGAUCAGAACCUGCGGCCGAUGAACAACGGCGAAGUUUUCAUGUGAUGAGGGAACAGAGCAUGUGCUGGGAGGGAGGGAGGGAGGGAGGGAAGGAAGGAAGAGAGAGAAGGAAGUGAGGGAAGGAAGUGAAAUGUCAGGAAAGAGGGAGAGACAAGAAGGUCGGAUGCAGAGCGAAGGCUGAUGAGUGUCAUAGCAACCAGAGAGAUGAGUAUGUAUAUAUAUUACAUAAGAAUACGUGUUAUUCCAUGUCUGUGGUAUAGUAGCAGCUUUUCACUAUGAAGGACAGAGGGAUGUAUGGGAACUUUUAAAGGUCGCUUUCCGAAACCUUAGACAAACUAAGUGCCUGAACUUAUUUUUGUGGUCUAACGUCGCACUGUGUUCUCUCUCUUUUUUUUUUUAAUUAAUCUGCUUAAAGCAAUACGAUUUGACAAGGCUUUAACUUUGGGACGUGUAAAACUGGACUCGUGGCUUAAAGAGCCACGUAAAGAGACUCUUUCCCCCCCGGAGAGACAUAUUGAAGAAUGUAUGGGAUGUGUGUCCCCCCCCCUCUUCAGCUGUUACAGGUAUUACUAACUUUUAGUGAUGCUAUAUUCACACAUUGGGAAUAUUUCGGUACACUUUGGUGCUCUCUCUCUUUUUUUCCCCGUUCCUCUCACAAACAUUCUUCUCAUCUUCAAACCACAAAGGGCUGACGAUCAGAGAGAAAGAAAGUGAAAUCUGUAUUUGUACUAAAUAAUGUAUCGUACAUUUAACAAAAAAAAAAAAAUGAUGAGUCAUAUUUUUUCAGAGUAAGCCCAGGAUAAUAAUGUGAAUUGUAUAUAAUCUGACCUCGUUAUACCGACUGCCUUUUCACUGGGUUCAGCCUGACUUUGUAGCUCCUUAUCUGUAAAAGAAGGCGGGAACUGAACUGUCCAUUUUUUAUUAUUAUAACAAUUUGGUUUCUGGGAACAAAUAAAAAAAAAAAGGAAGCAUAAAAACUGCACGAAUAAUAAUGCCCGAAUGCUACUGGAUGAGCUCCUCAUCAAAACUGGACAGAACUUGGCGUCACAUUCCCCGGUUAAUCGUAUUCCGUGCUACUGUGUCUACUCACUUUAUUUGUAAUUUUAAUGUAUAGUAUUUAACCACUGAAAAGAUUCCGUUUAAGCUCGUGUUUUCCAUCUAAUGUGUCGAAAAUAAAACGCACGCAACACAAAAAACAACGUUCCUAAAUGUACAGAUAUUUUGCUACAAACAUGUUUUUUUUUUUACUUAUUCACAUUACCAGACGGUUAAUAUUGUAAAUAUUGUUUAAACAAAAAAAGUUUUCAUUGCCUUGUCUUAUACAACUUGAAUGUUAUUUUAACUUAUAGAUUUUGUUUCCAUUUUUUUUUUUUUUGUAUAUUUAAUAAUGACGCCAAAUGCAGUUAAAGUCACGUCACAUCUCACACGAUGCAGGAGGACGAGUGCGUUUACUCAAAGACAGACACAAAUGUCUGUUCAUGUUUGAGCUUCAUGGUCAAAACCAGUUAACUCGUGAACCAGUUUAGUGUUUGUUGACCUGUGCUGGUUUUGUGUCUCACUGAACGUCUCGACUGUCAUCACCGUCCACUGUGUGUCUCAGAGUUCUUCCUCUCACGGGAUAAUACUGGCAUGUUCUCUUCUGUUCUUGUUUUUUUACCUUCACCAGAAAUGUAUUUUAGGCAGUUUUCGCUUAUUACAAAAAAAAAAUAACAAGCUUUUUUUUGUUUCAAAUACAAAAUUUUAGGUGAUAUGAGAUUUUCAAUUAUGAUCAAAUAAAAUAUUUACAUAAAUGUUA